AUGUCAGACGUAAUCCCUCCAAACGACCAUGGCAGUUACCCGGGAGACCAGCCAUGGCAUGUCCCUUUCCCAUCUCUACCUGGGACUCCAAAUAACGAUCCCACGUCAUCUAGAAGUGAGGCUGACAACAAUGAUCCACUAGACAAAAUUGCUGAAGUGAAGCAGGACCUCCAAUAUUUGUGUACGGCUACAGAUUGGUGGGAAACGAAAUGUGAUAUUCAUGGCCAGGUGAUGGCAAACUUGACCAACAAGCUGAACAAAGCAUAUGCUAGAGAAGUGAAGCAAACAAUGAAAGCCAAAAGUCGGAGCGCAAAGUUAGACUGGUUGAAGGUCAAGUUGGAAGAAACAAAGAAAGAUGCUGUGCACAAAUUCACUCAAUCUGAAGAAUUUAACCAUCAAAUGGUUGAAUCUUUUAACAAUGGGUUCGAGAUGUUCCGAGAUUAUGCUUCCGUCAUCUCACUAGACUACAAUUGGAGAGAAAUAAAUGUUGCUAGUGUCUGGCAGGUGCUGAAUAGGUGUGGCCAAGGAAUGGCUGAUCAUAGCCUUGUGCAUGCAGCGAGGAAGAAGACCAAGGACAUGGAUCUAAUGAUGGACCUAUACCCAUUUGGAUUUUGGUAG